AUGACCAACCAAUACGCCAAGGACCAACCCGCUGGGUUCAGCAACCGCAUUCAACGCAUUGCUAUCGUCGGAGCCGGGGGAACCGUCGGAAAGCCCAUCACCGAGGAACUGCUUCGGACUGGACAGCAUAGCGUGACAGCUUUGACCCGCAUCGGUAGUACGAGCCAGGUGCCCGCCGGCGUCCAGUCCAUUGCUGUGGACUACGACGAUGAGGCCAGCCUGGUGCGCGCUCUUCAGGGCCAGGACUGCUUGGUCAUCAGUCUCUCGGUGGGGACCCCUCGCGAUACCCAGUCAAAGCUGCUGCAAGCAGCCUCUCAAGCUGGGAUCCGGCAUGUGAUGCCUAAUGUCUGGGGUUGUGAUGUCACGCACCCGCCGUUAGCCGACAGCGGUCUCAACUGGGGAGGGUUUCGCGACCUCGUGGCCGGCAUCGAGGCCAAGGGCAUGGCGUGGACCGCACUGAUCUGUGGUUUCUGGUAUGAGCACAGCCUGGUACUGGGGCCGAGUGCAUUUGGCUUCGAUCUUUCCGCUAAGAAGCUCAUCCUGAACGACGACGGCAACACCAAGGUCAAUGUCAGCACCCUGGCCCAGUGUGGCCGGGCCGUGGCUACCCUUCUGAGUCUUCCUGUGCUCCCAGAAGACGAACAAGAUGACCAGCUGACAAUGAAUCGGUGGCGGAACAAGCCGAUGUACAUCUCCGAUUUCCUGCUCACCCAGCGAGACAUGCUGGCAAGUUGGCUGCGAGUAACAGGCGAUACGGCAGACAGGUGGACGAUCGAACAGGAACCCUCCCAAAGUCGAUAUGAGCGCGGAUUGGAGUCGGUGAAGCAGGGCGACCAUGCGGGAUUAGUGCUGGCCAUGUACUCGCGGGUCUUCUUCCCUAACGGCGACGGCAAUUACGAGCAGCGUCAGGGGCUAGACAACGACCUGCUGCAACUUCCCACGGAAGAUUUGGACGAGCACACGCGCGAGGCCAAGCUCAUGUUUGACCGAGGAUAUAAUUAUAUGACAAACCGUAAUUGA